AUGGCUUCAGUCGACCAAUGUGAGCGCGCGAUAAAUCUCUACACCGAGCUGAGGGGCUCCGGCAAGUAUCCGCCCUGGAAAGAAGUGGACAUUGCCGAAAUGCUCGCACAGGGUGUGGACGACCAACACAUCAAAACCGAAUGGGCUCAUGUGGUGAAGGUAUACCACGACUUGAGGGGCGAUGUGGGAUCGAUCCUGUGGCGAAUUACCAGCGGGGGGCGCUUUGUCAAUCCCAACGUCAGUGUACAAACUGUUGAAGAGUGGAUAGCGAACGGAUUGUCCGAAGACAUGAUCAACCUAGGGUACAUUCGGUCUGUACCUGAGCCGGAUAUGUAUACUGCAGAAGCGUUCUUGAACGACUUGGAAUGGGAAACCAGAUCCAGCAUGCCUGAGCCCUUUACGCCAGAAGACAUCUUGUUCUACAUGAAGACUGGAUGGACAGGCGAGCAGAUCGCUACCGAAUAUGUGGCUCUUCAGCAAACUAAGUAUCUGUCCGACCAAGCAGUACAUCUACGACAAGGCGUUAACGAAGAGUUAGAGGACUCAUGGAUCGAGCUACAUUACGGUCUUCUGUACGCUACUACCCAUUUGCCUUCCGAGCCUGUCGUCUUACGGAACAUGCAUCGUUCCCAAGACCAAUACAACACGUACUUUGCAUCCGCACCGGCUGUCGAUCCAUUAUUAUUCAACGCUAAGACCGCAAGAUUGAUGACGGCCACAGUGGUGAAAUUGGACAAGAGGCUGAACCAACGCAUCAAGCAAGGCGGUCAUCCGAAGGCUCUGAACACGAUGUUUACGUCGGAUGACCUGACAGCCUAUCGAAAAAUCCGUGCGAACACCGAAAGCGGUACGGAUGACCUAGAUGUGGAGAAUGAUAGCCAAAUUUGGCAGUUCCUUAUGGAUCUGGCGGCAAGAUUGCAUCCUCAUCUGGCUGAACCGCAAGAACAAGCAUCGUUGACGGUACAGCCUACCAACACCGCGAAGAAAACAUCAAUGCAGUGCGCGCAGGCCAACACGAGGACGGAUCAGAUCGUACCGCGGAGACAGUUCAAGGUCAGGUGA